AGAAUUCCUCUUCCGCUUCAAAACCCUUACGAGAAAGGGGAACCCUCCGGAAGAUCAAAGAGGGGCGAAUGGAAUUACAGACUCUUGCCGUUGAAGCAAAGCGCAAGGCACCAUGCGUCGACGUCGAGGAUGCAUCCUGGAAGGUAGCCAAGUGUCAAAAGCUCUCUUCAGAAAAAUUCAUGGUCCGACUCGAGAUUUCUUCCCCGGAUUCGUUCUCAGUAAAGCCGUUGAGCGUUGAUGGUUACAGGUUCCCUGGUGAUGCCGCUUGCUUUGAAAAAUUAAGCGAAUGCCUAUCUAAUGUGGUGCCAUCACAUUACACACAAAACCAUGGUAGUGGAGAGGCCUGUGUGUUCAAACUCACAGAUUAUGAUGCAGUUCUUAAGUCAUUAAAGAACGAGCGCAUUGAUUACCAAGACAUCCCUUACAUAACUCGUAGAGCUGUAAGCAUACUGUCACGCCCUUAUAUUGAGGGGCGAUGGGAACCCUGUAGACCAGAACAUCUAUCUGAUGAGAAAGUAGACGAAUUAAUGGGGAAACUUCCAAAGUCCUUGUUGGAGGUACUUCUCCCUUUCCAAUUUGAAGGUGUGAAGUUCGGAUUGCGUAGGGGUGGCAGGUGUCUCAUUGCUGAUGAAAUGGGCCUUGGGAAAACACUUCAGGCCAUUGCAAUUGCAAGCUGUUUCAUGAAUGAAGGUCCUGUAUUAGUUGUUUGUCCUGCUAUUUUGCGAUAUACAUGGGCAGAAGAAUUGGAGCAUUGGCUUCCAUCUUGUUUACCCUCUGAUAUUCAUUUAGUUUUUGGUCAUGAAAACAAUCCUAUAAACUUAGCAAGGACUCCAAAAGUUGUGGUUAUUUCUUACAAAAUGCUCUCCAAUUUGAAGAAGAGCAUACUACAACAACAAUGGGCUGUCAUGAUUGUUGAUGAAUCACAUCAUGUACGCUGUACAAAACGCGUAUCAUCAGAAGCAGGAGAGACACAGGCCUUGCUUGAUAUUUCAACAAAGAUCAAUCGUAUAGUUCUACUCUCAGGGACCCCUUCUUUGUCAAGGCCGUAUGACAUUUUUCAUCAAAUAAAUAUAUUAUGGCCUGGACUGCUUGGGAAAGACAAGCUUGCAUUUGCAAAAACCUAUUGCUCCAUGAGUACUUCCCGAACUUAUCAAGGGAUUGUCUAUCAGGAUUUCUCAAAGGGUAUUCGCUUGGACGAGUUAAAUGUGCUACUGAAGCAGACUGUUAUGAUAAGACGAUUGAAGGAGCAUGUCUUGAUGCAAUUACCACCAAUACGAAGACAAAUCAUAAACUUGGUUUUGAAGCAAUCAGAUAUCGAUUCUGCAAUAGAAAUCUGUGGUAUGCCAAAUGAUAAUGCUUUUACAGUAAAUAUUGCCGAAGAUGAUGAACUGGAUGAUGUUGAUGGCAACCCUUCAAAACCAUCCAAUCAAGCUAUAGGUAUCGCAAAACUAUCAGGAUUCAAAGAGUGGUUACUUAUGCAUCCAAUCAUGGCUGAAUCUGAUGAUGAUGAAAGUACUGGAUUAAGUCAAAGCUCUCAUAAGAUGAUAAUUUUCGUUCAUUAUCAUAAGGUUACAGAUAGAUUAGAGGAAUUCCUGUGUGAGAAAGGGAUUCAGUUUGUACGUAUUGAUGCACGCGAUGCAUCUGCCAGAGAUAGACAACAAGCUAUCCAUUCUUUCCAACAUUCAAAAGAGGUUAAAAUUGCAUUGGUUGGGAUACUUGCUGGGAGUAGUGGACUUAAUCUGUCAGCUGCACAAAAUGUGGUGUUUCUAGAAUUACCUGAGAGAAUAUCUGACUUUCAACAGGCUGAAAGUCGAGCACAUAGGCGUGGUCAAACUAAAGCAGUCAAUGUUUAUAUAUUUUGUGCCAAGAACACUCCGGAUGAGUCUCACUGGAGAAAACUGAAUAGAAGUUUGCAUCGUACUUCAUCUACUAUAGAUGGGAAGUAUGAUUCAUUGAAGGAGAUCAUGGUUGACGAUGUUGCUUUACUUGAAACUGUUGAAGAAAGAGAAAUGGAUAAAAAUUUGUUCUUUUCAGGGGAAUGUAAUGAUGAAUCUUCUGGCAAUGAGCUAGUGAGAUGCUCUCAGUAUUCAUAUAGUGGACAGAUUCAGUCUGAUGAAGUUUUUAAUGGAGCCACAACUUCAAGAAGUAAAGAUGCAAACCAAGAUAUUUUGGAAAAACCAGAUUCUUCACACAUGUCACGAGAAGCUGACACGUGUAAUCCGAUAGAAAAACCAAGUGAAGAGGACCCUGUUGACCAGGAUGAAGAAGAAACAGGUUGCAUCUCAUCGCAUUCUCUUCGCUUCGAGGUCAGCAAAUACACAGGAAGAAUCCACUUGUAUUCAUGUAUCCAAGGAGUAGAAACAAGGCCUACCCCAUUGUUCAAAAAUUUCAAACCAGAGGAACUUGAGACAAAAGAUCCAGACAACUCGGCUGAUUCAAUUUACAAACCUGCCCUUGUAAAAUUUCUCAAAGAAUGGAACAGUCUCAGACCUAUUGAGCAAAGAAAACUCUACAGCAAGCCUCUACAACUUCCUUUGUCUGUUGAGUUGUGUUUAAUGGAAAGCCAAAACCAUGACAAAGAUGGUUUGCUAAAAGGAGGAAGUAAGAAGCGUGGUACAUCAAUGGAUGAUAUAAGCCACCCCCUCCCUGCAAAUGCUAAAUGGAGAAAGGUUUCAAUUUUUCAUGGCAAAAAAGAGAGACGAUACAUGCAGGGUUAUACACUCAUUAACGAACCACUCUGUAAACUUUGUCAAAAAAUUUGCAUGAAGAAGAGUGCAAUGGAGCCUGAAUUCUUUGAGGAUUUGUUUUGUGAUUUGGAGUGUCAUGAAGAAUAUCGGUUAAGAACUAGUAAUAGACUACUACGAAAAAUGCUUGCCCAAAUUGAACAUGGCGUAUGUACAAAUUGUCAUCUUGAUUGUCGUAAGCUUGUGAAGAACAUCAAACCUUUGUCUCUUGAGAAGCGUAGAGAGUUUAUUAUGAGAGAAGCACCGAAGCUGGCUGCACGUAAAAAUGCACUUGAAAAGCUCAUCAGUGAUCCUACAGAGGGGAAUGCAUGGCAUGCGGACCAUAUUGUGCCUGUAUAUCAAGGGGGAGGGGAAUGUAGACUAGAGAACAUGCGGACUCUUUGUAUUGCGUGUCAUGCUGAUGUCACGUUAGCUCAAUGUUGUGAAAGACGCUCAGAACGAGCAAAGGCCAAGAAACAACUCAAGCGUUUGUUGGCCAACAUCACUUUAGUAAACAACUGCAAGGAAAAGGAGACAGACGAUGAUGACCUACUAGUUGUGAAUGUCCCGGGAAGUGCCUACCAUACCAUACAACAAACAUAAAUAGGUGUACAAGUGAAUUUUUCCUUGAGAUUUUUUUUUUGUUAUAAUGUAAUUUUUGUAUGUAACUUGUGCGUUGAAACUACAAAUAAUGGUUACUAAUGAUAUAUAUGUUGAUUAUAAGCAAAUAUUAGAUUACUUGGGUUGAUUGGUUUUAAGAAGAAUAUGUUGGUUGAUUUUUUCAU